UCCCCACCACCGUUCCGCCAGCCAAUCAGCUGUCUGCAGACGGAGCGACUAGCCUAUAUAAACGAAGCGCGUCUCGUGUCUUUCCACAUCGCUAUAGCUCGCUGUUGUGUACGUAUCUGUCCGACAUGGCAAGAACUAAGCAAACUGCUCGCAAAUCCACCGGUGGCAAGGCCCCGCGUAAACAGUUGGCCACGAAAGCGGCGCGAAAGAGUGCGCCUGCAACUGGCGGCGUAAAGAAGCCGCAUCGUUAUCGUCCUGGAACCGUUGCUCUUCGUGAGAUCCGUCGUUACCAGAAGAGCACGGAACUGCUGAUCCGCAAACUUCCGUUCCAGCGAUUGGUUCGCGAGAUCGCUCAAGAUUUCAAAACCGAUCUUCGCUUCCAGAGCUCGGCCGUUAUGGCCUUGCAAGAAGCGAGCGAGGCUUAUCUCGUCGGUCUAUUUGAAGACACCAAUCUCUGUGCUAUUCACGCCAAGAGAGUUACCAUCAUGCCUAAAGACAUCCAGUUAGCUCGUAGAAUUCGUGGCGAGCGUGCUUGAAUUCAUUUUCUUCAAAAAAAA